ACAUGUCUGUAGAUUUUAUUUUUAUUUUUGGGUUUGUUUCAUGUUAAUUUCAUUAUUUCUUUGUGCUGUGUCAACACUGACAGUACCCAUCGGUCACGCUAAUAAAGCCCCUUGAAUUGAACUGAGCUGAGUAACGAGGGGUCUCUGAGCACGAGCGCAGCCCCCCCACUCUCCUCCCGUCACCACGGCAACCAAGGGGCUCGGCGCGAGAGAGGGAGAGAGAGGUACCCAGCCCCGAUCACGUGACCUCGCCAGCCUCCCUCGAGGGCACAUCACCGUCGCUUCUUGCGUUUUUUCAAAAAAAGAGGAGAGAAAGCGACAUCCCGCAGCCCCGCCGAGAGCCCCGGCCAGCCGUCCGGCGCCUGCGUGACCCGCACACGCACACGAACACGCACGACAGCGCGCAUCCGUGGGCUCCGUCCCGGACAAAGGGGGCAGAGGCGCGCUGUCGCGAGCGGAUAUACCCCGAGAGACGGACUGCAGCAGGCCGGGCCAGCAGCUCUGUCAGGACCGCGCAGGGUGUUCAGGGAUGUCUGAGGUGGUUCCCCCUGAGGUCCGGCCCAAACCGGCCGUCCCAGUCAAGCCCUCCGGCGUGGGGGUGGCGGGGCUAUCACAGGUGCCAGGGGGGUCUUCGCUGGGGUCGCUGGGGUCGCUGGGCUCAGGGGGGUCAGCGCUCCUGGGGUACGUGGGCAUCGACACCAUCAUUGAGCAGAUGAGGAGGAAGACCAUGAAGACAGGGUUCGACUUCAACAUCAUGGUCGUCGGGCACAGCGGCCUGGGGAAGUCCACUCUGGUCAACACGCUGUUCAAGUCGCAGGUCAGCCGCAAGUCCAGUGGCUGGAGCCGUGAGGACAAGAUUCCCCGAACGGUGGAGAUCAAGGCCGUGUCACACGUGAUCGAGGAGGGUGGAGUGAAGAUGAAGCUCACGGUCAUUGACACGCCAGGCUUUGGGGAUCAGAUUAACAACGACAACUGCUGGGAGCCCAUUGCGAAGUACAUCAAUGAGCAGUACGAGAAGUUCCUGAAGGAGGAGGUGAACAUCGCGCGGAAGAAGCGCAUCCCGGACACACGCGUGCACUGCUGCCUGUACUUCAUCUCCCCUACCGGACACUCGUGAGUACAGCUCGGCCCCGACACCCCGCUCGUGAGAACAGCUCGGCCCCGACACCCCG